AUGUCGGAACUCCCUAAGUACAACGGGACCACUGACCCUAAUGAACACAUUACUACCUACACCUACGCGGUAAAAGGCAACAAUAUAAAGAAUGACGAGAUCAAGUCCGUAUUGUUGAAAGAAUUCGAGGAAACACUAUUGAAGGGGGCCAUGAUGUGGCAUCAUAGCCUAGCUCCCGACCUCGUAAACUCACUUACCAUACUAGAGGAUUCCUUCAUAAAGGCACACGUCGGUGCCAUCGAAGCAAUGACAGGAAAGCCCGACGCAUCCGAGAUUAAGCAAAGGAAGAAUGAAAUACCGCGAGAAUUCGCAUCUCCUUCCCAGAUGGAACGAACAGAACAACCCCUGGUCUCUGACAACUGGGCAGUGCAGGCCUUCACUCAAGGCCUAAAUGAACAAAGCUUGGUGAUUUCAAGGCAUUUAAAACAGAACUUGACCAGGUAUCCAACCAAAACCUGGUCGGACGCCCACAACCGGCACCAGUCACAAAUCAAGGUCGUGGAUGACCAGAUGGGAGCCCCCUCGGGCUCAGUAUACCCAAGCAGGCUCCUGGUAAAGAAAUCGAUGCCAAACAAAGAAAGAUACCUACCGUACGCCGUAGAUAAGAGGAAUGCCCCGAGACGCAACCUACCUCGCAACGAUCGGAGAAUGGAUCGAGGACAAUAUCCUCGGGGAGUCGUCAACAGAGCCAGAUUCGACGGAGACAUGAGGCCAGUGAGGGCGCCUCGCCCAUUAGGAUACAAUUUCAAUAUCGUUGUAUCAGACAUCAUGUUCACCGUCAGCAAAACCAGGGACGCCAAAUGGCCCAGGCCUACUCGGUCGAAUCCUUCUCAGAGGAAUCACAGCUUGGUGUGUGAACUACAUAAUACGCACGGCCAUAGGGCCGAAGAUGGCCACCAUAGCCAAGCUACUCAAUAA